AUGUACGCCACUCGAGCUCUUCGCAUGGCACCCACGAAGCGCCUGAUGCGCGUUCCCCACGAGGACCAGGGCGCGCACACUAUUUCCCAGCGUCUACGAAAGCUCCGACAGAUCCCCGCUGAAUUGAUUCCCCUCGGCGCCGUCGUUGUAUUCGCCGUUGGUGCCGCCAUCUACUCGAGCGGCCGCAAGUUCGUCGUGGACAAGAACCUUCGCCUUAGCCGUCAAGGCCGCAGACCCGAGCCUAUCGAGCAUGACGAGCACCACUAA